UUUGUUGUUGCGAAAAAGUGUGUGGGUCGCCGCCAGCGAUCGAAAAGUUUAAAAUUCCAAUUGGAUUGGGUAAUUGUGUAGUUGCAAGUGCCUGAACAUUACAUUGGACACCGUUUUACACACGUAACCCGAAAUUAAAUAAGUGAAUAACUGGAAUUUUGGAAGAGUGGAAAUUCGCACAGGCUGGAAAAUCAAUCACCCGCUAUCCUAUUGUUCUGCUGGUGUGUGCAUGUGUGUGGUGUCUGUUUUGUCUGUGUGCUUUUGUGAGGCGGCUGCACUUAAUUAAAAUUUAAGUCAAGACAACCCAGGCUAAUUUGGAGUCUUUGCGGGGCGUUGGCUUUCACUCGACGAAGAGGGCACCUCGAUAAGGCGACCCAGUGAAAGCUGGCCAAGAUCUCUUUGUUCAAGGUCGUUGGCAGUGAAUCAUGGCCAUCAGUUUUGAGAAAAAUCGGCAACAAAUAGUGGCCGCCUGGAAGGAUGUGCUGGAUGACAAAAGCGAUACGAAUUGGUCGCUUUUCGGCUACGAGGGUCAGACCAACGAGCUAAAGGUAGUGGGCACCGGCGAUGGCGGCGUGGAGGAGCUGAAUGAAGACCUAAAUAGCGGCAAGAUUAUGUAUGCCUUCGUGCGCAUUGAAGACCCAAAAACGGGCCUCAACAAGUACUUACUCAUCAACUGGCAGGGCGAAGGCGCACCUGUACUACGCAAGGGCACCUGUGCCAACCAUAUCCGCGACGUGAGUAAUCUCCUAUCCGGCGCCCAUCUUACCAUCAACGCACGCAAUGAGGACGACAUUGAUCUAGACCGGCUGCUCAAGAAAUUGAGCACCGUGAGCUCGGCCUACAGCUUUAAGGAGCCACGCGGCGCCAUGGAGGAGCAGAAGGCGCCGGUGGGCACCAACUAUACUCGGGUUAUUCCUACCAAGGAGCUAAACGCCAGCGUUAUGCAGGACUUUUGGAAAAAGGAGGAGGCCGAGGAAAAACUUCGCCAAGAAGAAGAAAAAGAAGCCAAGCGCCUGGAGCUUCAAAAGCUAGAGCAAGAGCAACGCAGUCGCGAGGAGAAAGAGCACAAGGAGCGGGAAAAGCUGGUCAUAAGCACCACCAAGCUUCAGCCAGCGCAUGUUCCCAUCAAAACCUCCCCGCAACCUUUGAGCCCUGAGAAAACAGCACCAGGAUUUGCUAACAAUCUUACCGAUGCGGAGCGCAUGCGUCAAGCGAGGAACCAGGAGGCCCGUGAAUUGAUUGGCUCGCGUGUUGGAGCUGCCAAGGCCAUGUUUACCAAGCACACCAGCGAGGGUCAGCUCCAGUCCAAACUAAACACGCAACCUCCAGCCAAACCAGCUCGAAAUUCGAUUGCCCAGCGCAUUAAUGUCUUUAACCAAAAUCAACCUCAAGAUGCACCUGUGCCUUCACCACCACGCGCUGUUUCCCCUGCCAAACCAUUGCCAGUAGAGACUCCUGUACCAGUGGUCCCUACUCCAGCUGCUGCUGCUGUCCCUGUUGCUGCUGAGGUAGUCUCUACCAUAGCAGAGGUGGAGGAGUCCCAUCCGAUAGACGACCUUCCAUUGGCCCAUGAAAGCGAGCAGUUCUCUACCAUCAAGCGAUCACCACACAGCAAAACCAACUCACUCCAGUCGCAGUCUCCAGAUGAGACCACUUCUUCCAAUGAGACGGACACCGCUGUUUACCAGGAUCAGGAAGAAGAAGUACGCACUAAGGUCUCGGUCACCGUGCAACAGUCGCAAUCAGCUAAGUCAAGUGGCCUUAGUACAUUGGAAAGGAAUGCUUUGACGGAUUUGGUGAACGAGGAUGAUUUUAUUUGCCAGGAAACUCUCGGCGAUUUGGGACUGCGAGCCCGAGCUCUGUACGAUUACCAAGCAGCCGACGAGUCAGAGAUCACUUUUGAUCCAGGCGAUGUCAUUACGCAUAUCGAUCAAAUCGAUGAGGGAUGGUGGCAGGGCCUGGGCCCUGAUGGAACAUAUGGACUGUUUCCGGCAAACUAUGUCGAGAUCAUCAACUAGGGAUAUACCCAAGUGCCAAGCAGCUGGGUCACCCUUUUGCUAGAUAUCUACACCAACACAGCUAGCUAACUAUAUAUUUUGGAUCCGGACUAUAGCUACUUAAACACUUUACCCCAAUAUACUUGAACAAUAAUGCGAUACACCUAAAAGAGAUUCAACGAUGACUAAAUGCGACUAUAAGAUUUUUAUCGUACAUCACGCGUCUGUUUUUUAUCUACAUACAUAUUAUAUAAAUUAUACUCCAUGCCACAUAUGCAACCCAUUCAUACGUUGUUCCCAUCUGUAUACAUAUUAUAUAUCAUUGUUUGGCCUCGAUUGCCGAAGCCACAUGUUGCGUCCUUUUAAAAUGUUCUUAAGAUACAUAAAGAGUAACCACUUAGUCAGUAUUUAAGGCCCGCUCCAUUCCCGAUCCAGGGUUUUUUGUAUAUGUAUUAUUGAUUGAAAUUUAUAACCUUUUCGAUAAUAAACUUUGAUAAUUGUGCAACAGAAA